UAAAUGAUAAAUCACCUCAUCAACUUCGGACCACAAAACUCAUUAUUAUUCCGCUAGCUACUUCUUUCUCUGUUUCAUCAUGUCUUUCAUGGAAGAACCACGAUCACCAUUGCAACCGCCGACAUAUGGAAAUCUAAUCACAAUUCUGAGUAUCGAUGGAGGUGGAGUACGUGGCAUCAUUCCAAGUGUCAUCCUUGAAUUUUUGGAAACCCAACUACAGAAAUUAGAUGGUGAGAAUGCACGACUGGCGGAUUAUUUUGAUAUGAUAGCAGGGACAAGCACCGGUGGUCUUGUGACGGCCUUGUUAACUACUCCCGGUGAAGAUAAUCGUCCGAUUUUUGCAGCUAAGGAUGUUAAAGAUUUUUAUAUUCAACAUUGUCCUAAUAUCUUUCCACAUGACAGCAAGCACCAUCGGUUUGCUGCUGCUACAAAAGUGGUCAAAGCUCUAUCUGGACCAAAAUAUGAUGGUGAACACUUACAUAAAGUUAUUCGAGAAACACUAAAAGAAAAACAACUUCAUGAAACGUUAACAAACGUUGUGAUUCCAACAUUUGACAUCAAAUAUUUGCAGCCUAUGAUCUUCUCCAGCUACCAGAUACAAAAGAAUCCAAGUCUUGAUGCCAAGUUAUCUGAUAUAUGCAUCGGAACAUCAGCUGCCCCAACUUAUCUUCCUUCACAUUCGUUCCAAACAAAAGAUUCUGAAGGAAAAGUUCUUAGAGAAUUCAAUCUUAUCGAUGGUGCAAUAACAGCCAACAAUCCGACUUUGGUUGCCAUAAGCGAAGUUACAAAGGAAAUAACUAGUGGUAGUGCAAACUUUUUCCCAAUAAAGCCAACAGAAUACGGGAGAUUUCUAGUAUUGUCAUUGGGAACAGGGUCACCACAAUUUCAAGAAAGGUAUGAUGCGACAAAGUCAUCUAGUUGGGGAAUUUUGGGGUGGUUAGGCGCCGGUGGUGGCUCAACCCCAUUGGUGGAUGUAUUUACUCAGGCGAGUGGCGAUAUGGUUGAUUAUCAUAUCUCCACUGUCUUCCAAGCCCUUCAUUCACAAGAAAAUUAUCUUCGUAUUCAGGAUGACACUUUAAGUGGGGACUUAACUUCCAUGGAUUUGGCAACACAUGAGAACUUAGAAAAUCUUGUGAAAGUGGGACAAGAGUUGUUGAAAAAACAAGUGACGAAAGUGAACUUUGGCACGGGCAUAUGUGAGCCUUACCAUCAUACCACCAAUGAGAUGGCUUUAAUAAAGUUUGCGAAAAUACUCCACCAGGAGAAGAAUGUAAGAGAACUUAGAUCACCAAGUACUAAUAGAGGAAGAAUUACACGAGAAGAGUCGAUGAAAGAACAAACUACAGUACUUUCACAAAGAACGCCAGCACUCUCAAAUGCAAUUCAUCACUCUCUUCCAGAUUUAUAUAAGCUCAACCCAAACUAAGAUUUUCUUUCUUGUAUAUGGAUAAUUUAUUAGCUUUAUUCUAGUUUAAGUUUGAAGUUACGUUGUUUGGUUGAAAACUUAAUUAUUCAAUGUGACUGUAUUGUUUCA